GAUGUUCGGGCUGCGAUGCUAUUGUGUGGAUGAUUUUUAUUUACUGGUCUGGACCCUAACCGCGGUGAGGCUGGGGAAGUUGCGCGCUCCGUCGAAGAAUUCGCACGAUCACGAACGAACCCUUCUGUCGACAGCAAAGCUCACUCCCCGGUUAGAUCUGCCAGCGACCCCGGAUCCUGUUGUUGGAGUGCGAUAAAGCGACUGUGUCGUGGUCAGACUAUUAUAUGCACAGCUGGAUCAUUCUUCUGACAUCUUCUUCUCUCGUUCGCUGCAGCCCGCGUUUUUGCUAACCCCGAGUCUGGCGCCUCGGCCAGGCCCUGUGUGCUGUAUUCUACGAUGAGCGUCACAAAUCAUCCCGGCGGCGUCGGCGGGACGGAGUCUCAGGAGAUUGUGCAGUCGUCAAAGGCUAUGGUUUCACAGCCUCCGACGAUCCCGCACAUCUCUGAGAAUUUCAUCCCACUGUCGGUCGUGGUAACAAAACUGGUGGAAAAUACAUAUACGGAUCUAGUGAAUCUGCUCGACACUUUACCAGCCUCGAACGAUUUUACGAAAAAGCGAAAGCUGUUUACGUUUCUGAUACACGCGCGACAGCAAUUUAUCAAACUAUUGGUUCUCGGGCAGUGGGCUAAGAGUGCGAAGGAUAUCUCGAAAGUUAUUGAUGUGGUAGCGUGGCUGAACGGCCAAGCCAACUGCUUCAGUAAUGCUGUCAUGCAAUUGCAGAUGGUCAAACAUGGACUCGGUGGUGCUCGGUUACGAAAUCCAGACAUUGCAACUGCCUUGGAAGUCCUUGUCGUUGGAGAGCCGCGGUUAUCUACAUUUAAUUUUAUACCACCAAAGCCACUCACUCCACGACAAAUCCUCGACGCUCUACACGAUCUCAAUGUCCUCUUAUCCCUCCGUUUAUCCUCCAGCAAAGGUCUUCCGCCACAGUUUCGAAAAUUCAAGAUCGCAGACGGACGGGCAACGUUUACAGUCGACGGUGAAUUCGAGGUUGAUCUAGGGAUCGCGAGCGAGGAGCCAAACGCACAGUUUUUCCUGAUUGAGUUUAGAUUUAUAUUCAAGCCAGAGUCCACUGUCACUCCUGCAAUCCGGAUGACGUUAGAGAGGGUUGGAAAUGAGAUUUUGGCAACAAAAGGAAUGAGAGAAUUAUAUGAUUAUUUGCAUAACUUCACAUUGUCCUACAAGCUCUUAAUAUUAAAUCAACAGUUUGGAAAGUUGGCAUCAGGAAUAUGGGCCGGAACCCUUUCGAUAACCCACUUUCCGGAGCGACAGGUUAUUGUGAUCAACUACUGGACUGAACUGCCGGGCCGCAAGUCGGUAGCGGAGUUUGGAAUAUUACAAGCGCGGGUACUUGGAGUGCGAUGGCUUCCUCGUGACUUCCCGCAUGAGACGUUCUCGAUUGAUCAAGACGAUAUUUCGGCACAGAAAGCGCUAUCGCAGAUGCUGAUAGUCCACAUCCAGCAACUUCUACAUACGAUUUACACAGUAUUCACUGCAUCACCGAUACAUUCCGUUCUUCCGAAUUUAAUAGUUCCGGUUGAUGAUCUCAAACUUCGGAUUGAAUUAACACCCAGUUCGACGACGUACCUGACUGUUGAGCAUCUGACGGGACGAAUGAUUCUUCAGGGCUCAACAGACCUGAUACAAUCAGCAGAGAAGACUCUGAAUGCUCAGACAGAUCUGAACCUCGCGCCACAGAUCCUUUGUAAUCUACGGCACUUGUCAGUACAGCGAGAGAUCGAGGACUUUGCGAAAGCGGCGGAUUGGGAGAUUGUCAAAGUGUCAAACAUCAGAGCCGAAGACAUCCGGCAAAAGUACGGAACAGGAGUUCGACAGAUCACCACGAUACGGCAACGGGACUGGAUUCCGGCAUGGUUCGUGGUCGUCACGAUCUCGGACAGUGCUGUCAAUCUAUGGCUCACUGAAUUGCAGCCUGCUGACAGUGGCUGGAGGAUUGCGUUCAACGAGGCAAUUGAUGGGGCUGCUUUGGAGAUUUUGUAUUCGGCAGAGAAGCUUGCAGAGCUGGCUACGUUAGCGUCGGCAAGAAUUACGUUCCACGUUAUUGCUUCAUGCAUGGAAGAGCGAAAGGUUUCGUACGAGCUAAUACGACCUUCGUCCAAGUCGUCUUCUGAACUCGGAUAUACCUCCCUACAGUUUGAUUUUUCUUCUGUUGCGAAGCUCUCAUGGGCCCGGUCGAUAUUCAAGCUUGAUUUUAUACCGGCCGCGUCGCCGUCUGAAAAGAGUACGGUUAUCGUAACUGGAAGCAUGGAGCCGUCGGCUGCGCUAAAGUCGGUGUCUGCGAGCUCGUCCGAUGUCGAGAUCGACUUGGUGAACGGCAAGUUCAGUCUAAAGUUUAGCGUUCCUCCGGCUUCUGAGGUACUGAACUUGAUGCUAGAUCGCCUAGGACGGAUAGAACGAGCGGUGAACUUCAUCAGAACUUUAGAGUCGUAUGCUCUGGAAGUGCAAGAAGUGUCGUUGAGCCGGAUCAGCUUUGUCUAUGCACCUGGGUUGACGAUGGUGAUUUCGAUUGAUGCCGAGGCGCGAAUGAUGCUCAGUCUGGAUAAGAACAGUCCACACCGGCGGAUACAGUUUUUCCUGCAGGAUGUGCUGGACAAUGAUGGUCUGAAGCCGCUGAUUGUUUUACUGAACGCGACGCUGCCGAUACUGAAGGCAGCGAGCAUGAUUGACGCCGGCGAGGUUUACUUUCUUCCUCGCAGUGCGCGGAAGUUUCGGAUAGUGUACCAGCAGCAAAAGCACGCGAUCGAUAUCUAUCUCCGGGACAAGAAUCAGCGGAAGAUGGCGUACAUUUCCGACGCGAGCAGCAGCGGAGAAGCCGGAAGUGCGUAUCAGCGCGCGGAGAAGUGUAACGGUAUUUGGAACACGAGCUCUGCAGGGGUGGUUGGAUUGGAAGUCGGAGUUGCGUGUGAGAUCGCGACGGCGGAAGAGGUUCUGAUGCGGAUACACAAGGCGAUUAUGUCGUGAGCCGAAAAGCAAAAGGAGUGGUAGUUUGUUUGAUUGUCUUUUUUGGGCGUGGUUUGUUUUAUUUGGAUCCACCUCUCUUUUUUUCACAGUCAUGUAUGUGUGCGAUACGUUAAGUCGGUAAUUUGAUGAUGUAUUAUAGUCCUAUGUUUGAGUUUUGCUAUUGUAUAGAAUGAAAGUGCGUAAUAUCUGAUAAGAAGUGAUGAUGUCAGUGUUCUGAGGUAGAUUAUGCCAAAAACCAUGCAGCACGCGUCAGGGGUCGGCCGCCCGAUUGGGACGGAUGUAAAUAAAAA